AUUCUGGCCUCAGCCAAGACUCAGGACAACCUGGGUUGGAUUUGACUCUCUUGGUCAACUUGUGUUGAAGCUUCUCGAGUGAGUUUAUCUUAGUUUAACUCGCUAGCCUCUCACAAAGAGCCCGCAAGGAACGAAGCGUGUAAAAAUGUGGGCAAAAUGUAUGAAAGAAGAAGAAGAGGACCCGGAGGAACUUUGUCGGAUGAAAGAGGAGCCCCGAAACGUGUCACACGGAGCAGGAGACGUUAGUGAGGGAGGUCUUCCUGAGCAGCAGAAGCCACAGUGGCGCCACAUUAAAGAGGAGGAGGAGGAUCCAGACCCUCCUCGCAUUAAAGAAGAAGAGCAGGAGUUUCCGUUGACUGGUGUUGUUCUGAAAAGUGAAGAUGAUAACGAAGAAGAAGGUGACGGGGACGCCAGUGGUAGAUCACAAGCAGACGACCUCUUCGCUCCGGUAUCAGACGACGAUGACAUAACGUCACACUCCUCUGACGGCGAUGAACAAGACUUUAAAGGUGAUGGAACAUGUCACCCCGACAACGAAUAUUCUCACGGUGGAAAAACUUUUUACGUCAAAUCGUUGUUGAACGGAGAUGAGAGAACACUCCCCUGCGAAAAAACGUUUGCUUGUUCAGUUUGCGGUAAGACGUUCAACAGAAAGACAACUUUAACAACGCACGCAAGAACGCACACGGGAGAAAAACCUUUCGCCUGCUCAGUUUGUGGGAAAACAUUUUCUGACAAGACAAAUUUAACGACGCACACGAGAACGCACACCGGGGAGAAACGUUUUGCCUGCUCGGUUUGCGGUCAAAGGUUCUCCUCAAAGACUAAUUUAACGGUACACACGAGAACACACACUGGAGAAAAACCUUUUGCCUGUUUAGUUUGCGCUCAACGAUUCACUCAGAAGGGAGAUUUGAAAAUACACCACAGGACGCAUACAGGAGAAAAACCUUUUGCCUGCUCCGUGUGUUCAAAAAGCUUUUCUAAAAAGACAAAUUUAACGACGCACACCAUGAUACACACUGGGGAGAAACCGUUCAGCUGCACCGUGUGUAAUAAAAGUUUCCAUAUCAAGUAUGAGCUGAAGAGACACAAGUGUGGUGGUGACAAAAGAAGCUCUCAAUGAAGUUGCACAAUAAAAAGUAGAAACCCAAUCUGUGCAGAUUGAUUAUUGAUUUAUUGAUUUCGAGAUGUGGCAGAAUCUUGGCUAACAAAUGACCUGUUUUACGAAUAAUUCGGUCUAUACACUUUUCCAAAAA